CGCAUGCGCGGCACACCGCGCACAUGCGCAGUACUCGCGCAGCUGGCGUGCGUCCCAGCCUAAGGCUGAGGUGGCCGCCACGGGGCUGGGGGUGGGGCCUGCGACACUAUGGCCGAGGGCGGCGGGGACGUAGUGGCAGUAUCCGCGUCCGGGGCUGCCAACGGCCUCAGCAGUGGGGCAGGCGGGGUCCCGGCGCAGACCAGCAACCCGCUGUCGCGGAAGCUGAAUAAGAUCCUCGAGACGCGGCUGGACAACGACAAGGAGAUGUUGGAAGCUCUCAAGGCACUUUCAGCCUUUUUUGUUGAAAACAGUUUGCGGACUCGAAGAAAUUUACGUGGAGAUAUUGAACGCAGAAGUUUAGCCAUCAAUGAAGAAUUUGUCAGCAUUUUCAAGGAGGUGAAGGAAGAACUUGAAAGCAUAAAUGAAGAUGUUCAAGCAAUGAGCAAUUGUUGUCAAGAUAUGACAAGUCGCCUACAGGCAGCAAAGGAACAGACCCAAGAUUUAAUAGUAAAAACCACUAAGCUUCAAGCUGAAAGUCAAAGAUUAGAAAUAAGAGCACAAGUCGCAGAUGCCUUCUUAUCCAAGUUCCAGCUGACUCCUGAUGAAAUGGGUCUCCUCCGAGGCACUAGAGAAGGACCUAUUACUGAGGAUUUUUUCAAGGCAUUGGGAAGAGUAAAACGGAUUCAUAACGAUGUCAAAGUUCUCUUGCGUACAAACCAACAAACAGCGGGUUUAGAAAUUAUGGAACAGAUGGCCUUGCUUCAAGAAACAGCUUAUGAAAGGCUUUAUCGGUGGGCUCAAAGUGAAUGCAGAACAUUGACACAAGAAUCAUGUGACAUAUCUCCAGUAUUAACUCAGGCUAUGGAAGCCCUGCAGGAUAGACCUGUCUUAUAUAAGUAUACCUUAGAUGAAUUUGGGACAGCCAGAAGAAGCACCGUUGUUCGUGGAUUUAUUGAUGCUCUUACGAGAGGGGGUCCAGGAGGCACACCAAGACCCAUUGAAAUGCACUCCCAUGACCCUUUGAGAUACGUAGGAGAUAUGUUGGCUUGGCUCCAUCAAGCUACUGCUUCUGAAAAAGAACACCUUGAAGCUCUCUUAAAGCAUGUAACUAUACAAGGUGUUGAAGAAAAUAUCCAGGAAGUUGUUGGGCACAUUACUGAGGGUGUGUGCAGGCCUCUAAAGGUUCGAAUUGAACAAGUAAUAGUUGCUGAACCUGGGGCAGUUUUGUUAUAUAAAAUUUCUAACCUCCUCAAAUUUUACCAUCAUACAAUCAGUGGCAUUGUUGGAAAUAGUGCAACUACAUUAUUGACUACCAUUGAAGAAAUGCAUUUGCUAAGCAAAAAAAUAUUCUUCAAUUGCUUGAGUCUUCAUGCAAGUAAAUUAAUGGACAAGGUUGAACUCCCACCACCUGAUCUUGGACCAAGUUCUGCAUUAAAUCAGACACUCAUGUUGUUGCGUGAAGUUUUGGCAUCUCACGAUUCUUCAGUUGUACCAUUAGAUGCCCGUCAAGCUGACUUUGUGCAAGUUUUAUCAUGUGUCUUGGAUCCUCUCCUCCAAAUGUGUACUGUAUCUGCCAGCAAUUUAGGCACAGCUGACAUGGCCACUUUCAUGGUCAAUUCACUAUAUAUGAUGAAGACAACACUGGCUCUGUUUGAGUUCACUGACAGACGUCUAGAAAUGCUACAAUUUCAGAUUGAAGCACAUUUGGACACACUUAUAAAUGAGCAAGCUUCUUAUGUUUUAACUAGAGCAGGCUUGAGUUCUAUCUAUAACACCCUACAGCAACAUAAGCCUGAACAGGGCUCUUUAGCUAAUUUGCCCAACCUAGAUUCUGUGGCACUGAAGGCUGCAAUGGUUCAGUUUGAUCGUUACCUCUCAGCCCCAGACAGCUUGCUGAUGCCACAGCUGAACUUUCUUCUAAGUACCACAGUGAAAGAGCAGAUCAUAAAACAGUCUACAGAAUUAGUCUGCAGAGCCUACGGUGAAGUAUAUGCAGCUGUGAUGAAUCCAGUCAAUGAAUACAGAGAUCCAGAGAGCAUCCUACACCAAUCGCCACAGCAAGUGCAGACACUUCUCUCCUGAUAAUCUUAUUUGAAUGUUUUAGCAAAAUAUUGCAUCCCUAAAACUCUAAAGGUUUUCUUGUUCUUUAGUCUGUUAAUCCUCCUUUGAAAUUUGAUGGUUACAAUUUUCUUUGUAUCAUAACAUUGUAGGUCCCAAUGGUUUCUUUUCUUUGAUCACAGAUACAUGGAAGUAAGUAAUAUAAUCUCGACCUGAGUUAGUGCUGCUCUGUAUCUGCUCCUUAUGUAGAAAUGUUUUGUUCUCUGAGAGCCACGUCCCCAGCUCCGCAGUUUUCUGGAAUAUAAAUGUGUGGGGAAAAGUCGUAUGAAAGGUUUGAGGGAUUUUUCUUUACAACAUUAGUUCCAAAUUAAUCAUACAUAAAAAAUUGGUCUAAACUUAAGAAUUAGUAUACAAAGAUGGGACAUAACAUCUCCUUACCUAAAGAUUAAGUUGCUUUCUUAU